UGCCCUGUCAGACCCAUUCGGUGCUGGGACAGAAACGCGCUGACUCGGUUUCUCUGCUGGUAAAGCACAGGGUGCCAGCAUAGACAUGUCUAUGGGUGCCACGGCUCAGUCAGAUUAGUGGGUAGCAUGGAUUGUGACGUAAGGGUUUAGGAAGCGUCGCGUUGACUUCAUGCAAAGCAGACGAGCGCUUCAUCCGGACGCGAGCAGACCGAGCCGCUCUCCUCCAGCUGACCGACGCCGGCAUGAGUCCACCGACACCGACCUGAAGGACAAACAGCAGAAUGGCCGCGUAUCUGGAGAUAGCUGAUGACAGCAAAGGGCACGAACUGAGUCUUUUCUGUGUACCGAAACACUACGAGGAGCAUUUGGACAGUGUCAUUAUACCCAAUGGCCUCAUUAAGGACAGGACUGAAAGGUUGGCCAGAGAUAUCGUUCGGGACAUGGGCGGGCAUCAUAUCGUGGCCCUUUGCGUUCUGAAAGGAGGGUACAAGUUCUUUGCGGACCUGAUGGAUUACAUCAAGACAUUGAAUCAAAACAGAGAUAAAUCUGUGCCACUGACUGUGGAUUUCAUCAGACUAAAGAGCUACUCGAAUGAUCAGUCUACAAACUGUGUGAAGGUUAUCGGUGGAGAUGAAUUAUCUGCCCUUACUGGCAAAAAUGUGCUCAUAGUAGAGAGACGAGAGACCGAGGACGGAGGUGAGCGCUGGUGUCUGAUCUGUGGGGACCGGGCAUCCGGGCUGCACUAUGGCAUCAUUUCCUGUGAGGGGUGUAAGGGCUUCUUCAAACGCAGUAUUUGCAACAAGCGCAUCUACCGCUGCAACAGAGACAAGAACUGCCAGAUGUCCCGCAAGCAACGCAACCGCUGUCAGUACUGUAGACUGCAGAAAUGCCUUCAGAUGGGAAUGAACCGCAAGGUGUUGUAUUGA